AUGGCGCCGCCGAUGGAAAACUUCCCACUACCGAUCGAGCUGAGGGAAGAGAUCUACAGUUAUCUCCUCCACCUCGACACGGAACGUGAUAUUGCACAAGAGAGUGUCUACAGCAAACAAUUCUUCCGCUUCGAUACCGCCAUCUUCCGAGUCAACAAGCGCAUCCACGAAGAAGCCGCGCGCUGUUUCGGCAGAAUCGAUCCUUUUGUCCUCAUCCGCGUGGGAUCAUGGGAAGUCAUGCAGCACCUCGAGGAAUCGGGAGCUCGAGUCUACGCAGCCGAGAAGGUCCUAUACGUGCCGUCUGUAGCGUACACAAUCGAGCUGUCAGAUUCAGAGAUCAACUGGUGGGGACACACGAGCCUUAUGGACGAUCGCCAGUCUAUCUUAAUCCUCGAGAGCGACGUGUCGAAGUUGUGGACUGUACUUCGCGGGGGCACAUUUGGCAUGCCUUCGGACUGCGUGCAUGUCAUCUCCAAGCCGGGCGACGACCUCGAGCUAGCAGUCUCAGGGGAAUCACUCCCUACUCCGGCUGUGAGGAUCUGGGCGCAUGACAGCAAGUAUGUCGCGCUCAACGCAGACCGCAAGCAAACCUUCCUUGCAUCAGCAUGUGACACGCUGGGGGACUAUUUCAACCUAAGCUUCUAUGGCUUCGAUCACGAGGCCGGCAAGCCACUCAUCCGCACAGCACCAACGAUCAUCUGGCCGCUGGCUUUCGAGUGGAACAAGUUCGAUGCCGUGAUGUCGAUGAAACUGGAAGCAGAUGGCUUCAUCGCUGCAGGAAACUUCGAGGAAGCUCGGAGAAUACUGUACUAUGCGAGCAGCCGCGGACAUGACUUGGUGUUCUGGGCGGAUCCGGACGGUCUCUCAGGACAAGUGGGCAGUCGCGAGUCGGCGGGACUGGUCUGGCCUGCCAUGAGCGCUCUUCAAUACGACAUCGAGCUAUCAAUGGCGUUACUCGAAUUCCGUAGAGACGGACUGUCGAUAUCUUAUGGUCCCGACGCCUCUUCCAUCAGGCCUGGACUCGAGCAUUUUCUCGUCAUCGACCAGCUCUGUCGCUACGCUGGGUCUUCAGGAGGGGAUGCGUUGAUACGCGGCAUCGUGCGACUCGAGGCCCUCCCAACAAGCGUUGAGAUUCGUCACGACAUUGCCUGUAUCCGGCACAUCUUGUAUACCCAGAUCCCCGAGAACUUCGCGGAGGCCUUCAAGGGUGUCUUUAGCCCUCACGUCUUUCCCUUCAAAAUCAUCAACACAGUACCGGAUCAAGGCCGUCGUCUCCACGGUCGUCCCGACGGUCUCGUAGGAUGGCAGGACACGAUCCACCUCGCGCAAUUCACCAAGGAGGAUAAGGAGGCGGUCGUCCAUUUCCAGAAGGAACACGGUCUCCGUGUGACCAACUUCGAGGUGGACGGCCCCAAGGGAGCCGAGGGGAGCCCGGAUGGGAAGAGCCAGGAUCAAGAGGAGAACCAGGACUGA